UGCGCUUCACCACACCACACUGCAACUGCAUUGCUUGACUGCAUGUGCCACUCAAUGGAAAAUGGGGCUCAUCAAGUUCCUUGGUGUCAUGUAUUUCUCUGCUGUAUGUGCGGCUGUGGAUUAUGAGGAUGUCACUGACAUGAAUUUGAGUGUCACCUCAACAAGAGCACCAUCUGCUGAGAACGAUACUAUCCACGCAACAACUGAGACCCAGACUGUCUAUGAGCCUCCUGUCCCAUCACUGCACAUGCUGUCCCACUGGCAGGAAGUGUUCCCCUUUGAGGAGGCAUACUUUGAAUGUCGUGUCAAUGACAGCUCUGACUGGACCUUCAGUUGGUAUAGAAAUGGACAGCCAGUGCAAGAUGCAGACCAAAAUGUUUCUUUGAAUUCGUCGCAUCAAGCUUUGCUAACAAUCACUGCAGCAUCUCAGAAGUACUCUGGAACAUACUCUUGUAAAGCUCAUCACAAAACAAAGGGCAAUUCCACCAACAGUAACGAAAUUGAACUGAAAGUUUAUGCUGACAGGCCUAAGCCAGUGUUGGUGCCUGAUCCAAAGUUGGAGCCAAUGUUUCCUGGAGAAUCUGUCACCUUCCAGUGCAUGAUCAAUAUGUCCUUUGGAUGGGAAUAUUUGUGGUUCCAUGAAAAUAAGAAAAUCCAAGGAUCUUAUAAUAAUACUUAUGAAAUAGUCUCCUUAGCACUAUCUGACAAUGGACAAUAUUCCUGCGAAGCCAAGAGAGGAGAAAGACCUUUCUAUACAGAGCGAAGUAAAACAUUUACUUUGCAUGUUUCGGAACCGCCCACACCAAUCCUGAAGCUGCAGACCUCCUGGUCAGACGUGUUCCUAAGGGAAAGUGUGAAACUGACUUGCGAUGUGGGUAAUCCGAACUGGAAGUUCAUUUGGCACAGAAACGGAAAGGCGCUCCAAGACGACCCAGUGAUUGUCUUGAGUUUAGGGAGCUCUCUUCUUAACAUCACCUCUGUUUCUCGAGACCACCAGGGAAUAUAUGCCUGCAAAGCACACCUAGAAACCAGGAGGGUCAGCUCUGCUCUCAGCAACACCAUAAAUGUUACAGUUUACAAAAGCAUCCCGAAACCGUCACUGAGCAAGAAUCCAGUUUUGAACUCAAUGUUUGUUGGAGAAAACGUUUCAUUCACCUGUAAAGUUAAGGUGGGGUCCAACUGGAUGUACCACUGGUUCAAAGAUGAAAAUGAACUUGCGGCGACAAACGAGACCAUCCAAAUCAACCUCAGUACUCAUAAUGCAGGGACUUAUUGGUGCAAGGCCACUAGAGGCCAAAGUACCUCCACAGACAUCAGUGACCAGCUGAUUCAAAAUGUUCUGGAAAUCCCACUUCCAUCUUUGACGCUAAGCAGUGACUGGGCUGAUGUGUUCCCCACUGAGAGUGUGAAAUUUAGUUGCGCAAUGGUGGACAGUUCCAGCUGGACGUACACAUGGCUCAGAGACAACCAGGCAAUCCCAAGUGAUAGCACGAUUUCUUUUGGGCUAGAUGGAGCCACCUUGUCUAUUGGCUCUGCUUCGCCCUAUCACGGAGGACAAUACAGUUGCUCAGGGAAACUCAAGAGCAGGUCUGUUAUCAGCAACUUCACAUCUGGACUGAAACUUAUAGUUUACGAAAACAUUCCAAAACCGUCACUGAGAAAGGAUCCGGUUUUGAAUUCGAUGUUUGUUGGAGAAAACAUAACAUUCACCUGUAAAGUUCAGGUGGGGUCUGACUGGGUGUACCAUUGGUUCAAAGAUAAAAAGGAGGUUGUGGCUACAAACGAGACCCUCCAAAUCCACCUCAGUACACAUGACGCGGGGACCUAUUGGUGCAAGGCCACUAGAGGCCAAAAUAUAUCCACAGACAUCAGUGACCAACUGAUUCAAAAUGUUCUGGAAAUCCCACUUCCAUCUUUGACCCCAAGCAAUCAUUGGGCUGAUGUGUUCCCCACUGAGAGUGUGACAUUAAGGUGCGCAAUGGCAAACAGUUCUAGCUGGACAUACACAUGGCGCCGAGACAACCAGGUAAUCCAUAGUGAUGACACAGUAACCUUUGGGCUGGAUAGAGCCACCUUGUCCAUUCGUUCUGCUUCACCCGCUCACGGAGGACUAUACAGUUGCUCGGGGAAGCUCAGGAGCAGGUCUGUUAUCAGCAACUUCACAUCUGGACUGCAGCUUACUGUUUAUGACGACAAACCAAUCAUCCAAAUGGAGCAGGAGCCUGAACACAUGGUCAUGCACACUGGCGAUUCCGUCACAUAUACCUGUCACAUCAAUGUUUCCUUUGGGUGGUGGUAUAUGUGGUUCAAAGACGACACUCAGCUCACUGUCUCUGGAAAGAAUUACACAAUAGGUUCUGUAGACAGAAAAAACACUGGAUCAUAUAAGUGUCAAGCAGCCAGAGGGAAACCUACUGCAAUAUUCAAGACGGAACAAAGUCGGCCUUUAAGGCUCAAAGUUGAGGAACGGCCAUCAGCAAAUAUUAUUGUGUUAACCGGUUGGUCUGAGGUAUUUUCCACUGACAGUCUUGUGCUUAAAUGUGAGGUUAAAGGCAAUGAAGACAAGUGGAACUACACGUGGUUUAUGGAAGGACAGUGGAUUCCGAAUUCAUCAUCUGACAAAUAUACGGUCACGCCCCAAAAUGACCCUAAGCAGAGCCAAUACGUUUGCCAGGGUAUUCGCUUAGGGCGACCAUCUUUCUCAAAAAAAAGUGAUCCUCUCACAACUAAGAACUUAUUGCUGAAGAGGCGGGUGCUCCUUUCGAUCUCGGGCUGCAUCUUCUUCGGCAUCCUUGCUGUUUUCUUCGGCUGUGUUAUUCUCAGAGUCACCAGAAAACCAGCGGAGGAUGAUGGAGGGCCAGAGGAGGCCGAGCUCUUUCUCACCAUGGCUCAGCUCAAGAACCGUGAUGACGCUCCUUGUCCACUGGUGGAUUACAUCACAAAUGAAGAACUAGAUCCUCCUACAAAAGAAGGCGUGGACAUUACUUGCACUGAAUCAAAUGCACCACUUGUAACCUUGCAGGAAGACCAAGCUGUGACAACAGAGAGCAGUGAUAGACCUCCAGAGGAAGAAGGUGCUCUGGUUUCCUUUCAACACUGAGCCACCAAAGAAGCCUUUGUAUUUGAAACUUGCUAGCAUCGGUCAAAGAAAAAGUUAGAGAAAAUAAGAAUAUAUCAGAGUGAAGGUGCAAAUUUUGUUGUGGUGAUGCAAAUGAAAAGUCAAAUCUCCACUGAUAUACCAGAGUGCAAGUAAUAUUAGCUGUUUCGAAUUGUAGAAGUGUAUUUUUGCUGAUAAAUUCAGGUGUACUGUUAUAAUAUUUUUUCAACAUUUUUGCAACAUCACUUUUUCAUCUUUUAGUCCAUACUGUUACUGUAUAACACAAGACGCCCGCUGUCAAUGUAUGUACAGUUACUACAACAAGAUUAGACGGUCACAAUAACAUUUCAAGACAGGAACGGUACUUUUAAUGUAAGUAUAACAGCAACUUUUUUUCCUCUGUCAAACGUGAAUUUUAGGAUAACAUUUGAUGAAUUAAAAAAAAAAAAAAAACCAUGAAAACUUGUUUUCCCAAUGAACACAUUUUCCGAAAUGUGCCAAAUGUUCGGUUGAAGGAGAAAUCUCCAGUCCACACUAGAACCUGUGACCAAAAAAAAGUUUUUUUUUUUUUUUUAAAUACAUAAAAAAGGGAUUGAAAGACUAGCAUUUGAUAGUCUGGCUUACUUUUACUUGAGGAUGUCUGCCAGUUUCUCCACAUAGUAGUUGUAGUUCUCCUGACAGUCCUCCCAGGGAGCAAAGCUCUGGUCCUCCUUCUCCACAUAUGUAUCCCAAACAUGCUGGAAGUCAGAGGGCUUCAUCAUCCUCAAUUUGCAGCCUGCAGUCACCAUUGCCUUAAGCCCCUCCACUAUCUCUGGUUCCUCGCACUCCAAGAGACGGGAGCAGAACACACAGAGACGCAGCUUCUUGCGUUGUCUGAGGAUGUUGGCCAGCUUGGCUGCACAGGCCACACAGGGACUGGAUGUCACAUACCAUGUGACGUCAUAUUCUUGGGACGGGUUUGUGUCAGGAAGCACCUUGAAAGGUGAGAGAUGGAACGACAACUGAAACUUCUAUUAUGGAAAAAGGAUAACACAAUGAACAGCUGAGGCGAGAGCACAUUACUUGCUGAAAGAAAGCCUCCUCAGCAUGAGCUGUGGCAUGUUCAUCCUCCAGAUAACCUUUCAAAGGCUCAGUACUGCCUCCUGGCGUGUCCACUCUGUAGCACAACAGGGUUUUGUUCCGGCCAGAUGAGUACUCUACGUUCCUGAACUGAAACUUGAAGUAGAAUGGGCUCAUCUGCUCUCUGGUAGGAGGUAAAACAUAUUUGUAAACUUGUGAUCAUAUUGCAAGCUUUAAAGCAAAGGCUUAAAUUGUGGGGUCCUGAUCAGGCAAAUUGGGGGUUUUCAGACACACAGUAAAUUAAUAAACAAGGGUAGCAAAAAUAACACACUUUUCUUGAGUAAAAAAAAUACAAGUAGAUAUUGUUAAUGUUACCCAUUAUCAGGUACUCAUUUAACUGAUUGGUUGCUGUUGACGGCGCAAGACCAUUCGCUGUGAAUUUUUUGUCUAUCGUUGUCAAUGGCAUUCAAUUACUUAAAUCACACGUAUAUAUAUGUUAAGGCUGUCAAAAUUAUUACCUUAACGGGCGGUAAUUAAUUUUUUAAAUUAAUCACGUUAAUAUAUUUGACACAUUUAACGCACAUGCCCCGCUCAAACAGAUUGAAAUGACAGCACAGUGUCAUGUCCAUUUGUUACUUGUGUUUUUUUGGUGUUUUGUCGCCCUCUGCUGGCGCUUGGGUGCCACUGAUUUUAUGGGUUUCAGCACCAUGAGCAUUGUGUAAUUAUUGACAUCAACAAUUGCGAGCUAUUAGUUUAUUUUUUAUUUGAAAAUUUUACUGAUUUUAUAACAUUAAGACAUUAAAACAUUAAGAGGGGUUUUAAUAAUCUUUUAAGAACUACAAGUCUUUCUAUCCAUGGAUCGCUUUAACAGAAUGUUAAUAAUGUUAAUGCCAUCUUGUUGAUUUAUUGUUAUAAUAAACAAAUACAGUA